AUUCACCUCACGCCGCCACGUCGGUCAGCGAUCGCAAUAGUAGGAUUCCAUAGCUUACAAUACACUUUCACUGUGCACGCUCCAACACCGUUUGUUUCACGCAGCUGCUCCCUCCAUACUAUCCGUCCACCAGAUCCUACCUGAUUGCACCUUCCCCUCCAGCCCCGCAACUCACCCAUAGCUUCCGUGCGCAGUUGCCACACGUCACUCAUAACACUGCUCACUCUCCUGACUGCCACAGCAAGAUGCCAAUCAGAAUCCGCCUACGAGCCCCGAACGGGCAGCACACACUCUCACUCGAAGACGAUGCUGCUGUCUCCGACCUUCUCUCAGCUAUCACAACAUCAACAGACCUCCCGCUGUACGAGCUGAAAUGGGGCUUCCCACCGCAACCGCUCGAUCCGGCUCUAUACGGCCUUUCCACGCUGCUGAAGGACACUGAUCUCAAGCUCAACGGCGCACAAAUCAUCGUCAUCGCGCAAGAAACUGGCGACCCCAGUGAGAAGAAACAGGAGACCACGCCAGCAGCACCUCUGUCGCUAAAACGGAAGGAGCAGCCGGCGUUGAAAGAUACACCGGAAGUCUUUGUGCCCAACAGAAGCGGUACCAUGGUCCUGCGCGUCAUGCCCGACGACAACUCUUGCAUGUUUCGCGCACUCGGCAGCGCCGUCCUGACCGACAACCUCGAUUCAAUGACUGAGCUGCGAUCCUUGGUCGCCCAAGCCAUACAGCGCGAUCCCGAAUACUACAACGAAGCAAUUCUGCAGCGAUCGCCGGACGAGUACUGCAAGUGGAUUCAGUACUCCGACUCGUGGGGCGGAGGCAUCGAACUGAGCAUUCUAUCUCAAGAAUUCGACAUUGAGAUUGCCAGCAUAAACGUCCAAGACCUGCGCGUGGAUCGGUUCAACGAAGGCAGACCGCGGCGCUGCAUCCUCGUCUACUCCGGCAUACACUACGACACCAUCGCCUUCGUGCCAUCUGGCUGCUCAACAUUCAGCUCUGAGAACGACGUUAAGCUCUUCGACGCCACCGAUGAUGCAAUCCUGGACGGCGCGCGGCAGCUGUGUGGCGAGCUGAAGAAGCAGAAGUAUUACACCGACACACAGAAAUUCGACAUCAAGUGCAACGUUUGCGGGUGGAAAGGCGCAGGAGAACGAGGCGCUGUGCAGCAUGCAGAAGAGACAGGGCACGUCGACUUCGGCGAGGCGAACUAGACGGAAUCUCAUCAACGCAUGCAUGGCCAUAGCCCGACAAGGGAGGAGAUCAUGGCGCGACGGAGAUUGACCAAGUAGAAUCAUUAAUAAAGCACC